GGCUAACCUCUGUUGUUAUUGUCUUGUUAUUGACAUUGUCGUCGUCCUCGGCGUCGGCGUCCUUCUUCUCCCACACCCGUCCACCCCCCAACACGCUCGAGUCCAGCGCCACGUCGCAGUCUCAUCGUCGCGUCGUCGCAGCAGCAUCAGGCCAUCCCACACCUCUCCCCGGUCGCGCAAUCCCUCCCUCCUCCCUUCACCGCAUUACCUUAUUGUUGCUCUUGCUCUCCAUUUCUGCUUUGGGCCGCCCGCACCACAUCCGGCGACACUUCGCAUUUGGCACGGCGCGUCUCUCGCCAUUGUUCUGACCGAUCCCGCGUCGCAACAGCCCUCUCUCCCCUCCGCUCCGGACUGCUGGUCUCGAACCGUCUGCACACAUUCACGCGUCCCCGCGCGCGGCGCCACGCUCUUGCGCGCCUACCUACUGUACCUUACCUUACUACUGACUCUCUGGGUUCGCCCCGGCUCUUUCACGCCCGAGGAACUUCUUCACAUCAACGUGCCGGCCGACUUCAUAUGCUCAGACGCUCUCCUCCAGCACGCGCGCACCCGGCAUUGAACAGUGGCUCCCGAUCAUCGCUUACAGUGCAGUGCCAUCAGAGCCAUCUUCGGCGAGCAUUUUCCGACCCACCCUCACGUCGUCCACAUCGUGGGACGACGUGCAUACGCUAGAGAUCACCGGCCCCUUCUGCCUCAGGCCCCGUGGACACCAUUUCAUCCAUACCUCAGGUACGGUAGCACCUCAUGGCCGAGCCAGCCUCACGCAGCAGCCACGCUGUCCCCAGUUUGCAUGGCAGCAGCAUGUUCCCGCGAACGCCGUUUGCUUCGAACAGCACCUCGCCGCCUACACCAGCCUUUCGCACUGAUGUCUUCGGACAGACUUCCGGCGCCAGCUCUGGUCAGAUAUAUGGUACUUCACCGACGUCUGAACGCCAUCCGAGCGACCGCAACGGCGCCAUGCCUGCUCUGUCGGCCACGGUAUCUGAUGCCUCCGAAUUUGCCUGGGAAGGACGCCCUGCGCCUGCCGUUCUCAUCCGCAGGCUUCCGCGCAACAUUGGCAUCGAAGCAGUCAAAAGUAUGCUGAUAUUUGCCGGCGACUUGAUUGACACAGAGCUCAUCAGAUCACCUUAUCCUGCCGAUGAUCAGGGCUUUGCCACGGCUCUCGCACGAUUUCAGACAGCUGAGAGUGCGUUCGAGGCUCAGCGGAAGCUUCACGGAAGACCCAAUACGACCAAAGAAGCAAACAUGAUUGUUGAAGCUCACAGCACAGGUUCCAUAAGCAGCGCAUACGAGAGGCGCCACACUAUCGAUGAUACCGCAUUUCGCACUCAAAACAGCUCAGCGUCCUCAGGUCGCUCCCGAUUCAACAGCACGUUUCAGACGACUGAGCGAAUUUCACCGCCACUGGCCACUCCGAGCUCUGCAGCCAAUGGUGAAUUUCCCACACCCGAGAACAGCGCUCACUUUCAGAACCUCUUCUCAUCGCAGUCGUUUCUGGGCAAUGGAACCGAUGGCAAUCAACGAAUCAGUGGCAAAUCAAUGAUCAACGAUGAUACCGCUGAUGACGAGACAGGAGAGCUUCUCAAGGAUCCCAUUGCCUACGCCAAAAGUGGACAGCAGAUGCGACGCGCCACAAAUCCUGCUCUACCAGUCACUCGCUUUGGUAGUCUGUCUCUGAACAGCCCGAACGGCAACCAUAUGGGUAUGGUGUCGCCUUCUAGCAACGGGGUUGGCUCGCCACGUGCGAAUGGUUCAAUCUCAUCAGCCUCUACACCGAUGGGAUCCAACGCCGAAUCUGUAUUCGGGCAGAACUAUCCACGUCCACAGUAUCCGCCUGUCAACCCAGCAGAUCAGAACCCUCCGUGCAACACUCUCUACGUGGGAAACCUGCCGGUGGACACUUCCGAGGAUGAGUUGAAGGCGCUGUUCUCCAAAGUCCGAGGAUACAAGAGAUUGUGCUUCCGAACCAAGCACCAAGGCUCCAUGUGCUUCGUGGAAUUCGAAGAUGUGAGCUUUGCUACUAAGGCAUUGAACGAGUUGUACGGAAUACCGCUCCACAACAGCACCAAGGGUGGCAUUCGACUCAGCUUCUCCAAGAACCCGCUGGGCGUGCGAUCGGCUCAAUCCAAUGGCAUGGGCCUACAUCCGGUCAUGUCUCCACAAGCUAUGGCGCCCGGUUUCUCUGGGAUGGCGAAUGGGGGCAACUUCAGCGCAGUCUCCGGUCCACCCCCGGGUUUGGGCUCUCCGCCUGGACUGUGUGCUGGUAACAAUUACCGCGCGGUCCCAACCGGCAUGGGCGGAAUGUUCUCGAAUCCAUUCGGCGGAACCUCGGACUUUGGACAUCAGCUCGGUCCACGCAAUUACUCUGGUGGCGUACCGUACGCGCUGGGGUCGGGCACGUUUGGAAGGGAGCCUCGAACUGGCUACAACGACUUCUCUCUGGGUCGUUAGGAAUAGGGGUAUCAGGGAACAAGAUCUGAAAUAUGCGCUGGACGAAAUCUGCCGCUUCUGCUAGAGCAAUGUGGUCGAGUAGUUGACUGCUCGAGACCAAUAGCUUUCGAGGGAGGCUGAGGUGGAUUGCUGAGGUUCCUGUCGAAGCGUGAAAAGAGUCUCGCAAGGGACUGCUCAGUCUUUAUAUCGAGUCUCAUAGAGAGCUUCUGGCCGAGACAGUUGGCAUAACCGCCCAGUAACGAAGAGCUCGGAGGUGUGCACAAUUUUCAUGCUGGAUUGAUUAUGGAGUUUACGACAUUGCACUCAUGGCGCAUGGCAUGUUUCACGACACGACACACCACUGGUGGCAGCUUUCUGAUUGAAGUUUUGUUUGCAAGAUUCCCCAUUUGCGCGAAAUUCGAGGGAAUCAUUACAUCGGCGUUUUGGAGGAAGGGGGUGUGGCACACUUCCAUCACCCAACCGCCUUAUCGGGCGACAAGGACUGGCAGCAUACAGGUUUGGCACAUUCAAGGUGUGCUUUUACCAUUCUAUCAUGGACCGCAUCGCACGGCUUUGUCAUCACACUAUGGCAAAUUCGAAGACAUGCGCGAUGAGGGCGGGCGCAGUAGCAUACGAAAGUGGCAGGCAUGCAUUGACUUUGGCAGGGCACAAGACGUGCAGGCUUGCCGUCUCUUCUCUCUCUCUCUCAACGAAACAAGGUGUAUGCAUUGGAAGCACAGCAUCGAGCGGUGUCCAGGAAGGGGUGCUUUUGAUUUAUGCGUUUACAGGUGUUUUUUCCCCAUUACGCACGCAUGAUUAUGUCCGAAUUUUUGUUCUAUACCUCUUCUUUCUCUUUCAUUUUUUCUCGUUUUCUCUUCAACUUCUUGCAAUAUAUUGACGAUGAAUGGGUUGCGGCAAAAACAAAGUACAUAUCGCCUAGAUACGCUAUUUUUUCCCCCUUCUUUAUACUAGAGGAUUAGGCAG